UGUAGCUUCCAUUUGUUUCAUACCCAAAAGAUUAGAGGGACACAUCAUUGUUGCUUUUUGUCCCAACUGACUUUGGGAAAAUUUGCCCCUCUUUGUCUUGAAAUUGGAAAGAUAAACUCACCGCUUAACUUUGUUCAAUAUCUCAGACGAUUCUUAAUGUUCUCGACUUGACAAAAUCUCUUAAGUACCUGAAUGUUUAGAGUAUAAUAUCCAAAAAAUUUGGAGUCUAAUUAGUAUCUAGAGUUGGAUUAAGCCGAGAAAUCGUUCAAUCUGUAUAAUUAGAGAUUUGUCUUAAAUUUCUAACAAAUAUCCGGAAGAGGAGAACGGUUUGCCAGUAGUUGUGGUGUUUCGUUUGGUUCUGGAUAAAUCCAGAUCUACGAGGCACUUAGAUUUCUACGGUUUCGAUCGGUAGGCUUAGGCUAUUAUUGACGGAUUUCAUUCAAUCUGUAAUUUCUCUAUUUUUUACAGAUCCAAAAUCAUGGGUGAGGAUAUUCCUUUCUUUGAUUUCAAUAGAGUCGGAGUUUUCUUUCACUUUGUUGCAAUAAACGUUGAACGUAACACGCUCAUACAAAAGCGCGUGCAGAGGUUUAGGAUUGAUACUUCCGUCGCUCGAAAUGAAAUCGAUGCUAACGUCUAUAGUAGGGUCUUCGAUAUUCUCAACGGCAAAAUUUGGAUGGUGUAUAACAAAAAUCUCAGUGAUUUGAAGAAUCUUUUCAAUGCUAAUUUCCAUGCAUGUCCUAUUGCUAAAUAUGAGAUAGAUACAACAAAGUGGUUUGCUGAAAAUUUUGAUGGAAGAAUUGAUAACAUGUCGCUCGAAGGUGUUAGCGAUUACUUUAAAUUGGAUGUUGAGAAAUAUGAAAAGCAAUCGAGUGAUAAAGUUGAACGAGAUUGCCAUCUCCAUAUUCAAGUUAUCAUGGCAGCAAUGGGCAUCACACAACUGGAGGCACUUCUUAAGAAAAAGGAAGACGAAGCAAAGAGGCCAAGGAUAUAACAUAAACGAAAACCAAAAAAAAGAAAAGAAAAAGAGAAAUUGAGGUGGUGGAUCUUUAGAUUCUAAGAACUGAACUCGAAGAUGUUGAAUCUGCUUUGUUUAAUCUAUUGUCAAAUUGGUGGUUGUUGCAGUUAAUUUUACAUUGCACUAGAUGGUUUCUACUUUUUAACAAAAACAUAUGUAUUGAGAAUUAAAUUGGAAUUCGUCAUGAGUUAUCUAUUGAACUGAAUUGUCAUUAACUUUUAACUACACCAGGGUUGUUUUAGGGUCAUCUGAUGCCUGAUUGGAUCUUUUUGAGGUUCAAUUACAGAUGUUUCCUCAUGGUGAUUGGCAUUGCCCCAAUUGUACAUGCAAAUUCUGUAGGGCAGUUGUCGAAGAUGUUAGUCAAACUGUGGGUGCAAAUACCUGCAAAAUGUGUGAGAAAAAAUCUCUUUGAAGGUGUCAAGAAGUACGUCGGUGUCAAACAUGAGUUGGAAGCUAGAUUUUCGUGGUCUCUAGUUCAUAGGGAAUGUACAGAUUCAGAUUUCAUUCUUAGGUGGACACCCUCAUAUUGUGGAAAGCAAUUCCAAGCUGGCCAUAGCUCUCUGACAGUCAUGGAUGAAUGCUUUCUCCCCAUUAUUGACAGGAGGAGUGGGGGUAAAUAUUGUACGAAAUGUCCUUUACAAUUAUUUCAUGGUAACCGCUUAGCUGAGAUGCAGUUCAUUGGAACUCGGCAUGUCUACAGACACCAAGGGAUGUGCCGCCGGCUUUUCAGCGUUGUUGAAUCAACUCUUCAAAAUCUCAAAGUUGAAUUACUUGUUAUCCCUGCAACUGCUGACUUAAGCCAUGUUUGGAUAUCCAAAUUCGGGUUUAAAUAUGUCGAGGAUUCUCUGAAGAAAGAAUUGCGGUCCAUGAAUCUACUAGCCUUUCCUGGUAUUGAUGUGUUACAGAAAGAACUGCUAGCACCAAGACAUGCCAAGUCUGCUGCUGACACAGCAACUUGCUUCACAUGGAUUGUUCCAUGUACAUGUAAGAGCUACUGGUGGCCUUCACAUUGAUGAUCAUCAUACUAAUGAAGAUGUUGCUCUUGCUAUUGGUACAGCUUUGUUAAAGGCACUUGGUGAUCGGAAAGGGAUUAACCGUUUUGGCAAUUUUACAGCUCCUCUUGAUGAAGCACUCAUACGUGUGUCCCUGAUCUAUCUGGUAGACCAUAUCUUGGCUACAAACUUAGAGAUUCCAACCCAGAGAGUAGGAACAUACGACACACAGUUGGUGGAGCAUUUCUUCCAGUCUUUGGUGAAUACUUCUGGUAUGACACUUCACACCCGACAGCUUGCCGGUAAAAACUCUCAUCACAUAAUAGAAGCGACCUUUAAGGCCUUUGCAAGGGCUCUCCGACAAGCAACAGAGUCUGAUCCACGUCGCGGUGGAACAAUACCAAGGUUUGAGUUUGGACUCAUACAUGCAAAACUAGUCUUAUUGAAAUCUCACCUCAGAUAA